GCACAAGUGUCCAUGUUGCAAUACACGUCUUGAGCAUGCACAGUUAACACAUGAUCCUCAGUUUGAUAGUCUUGUGGCAAGUGUGCUAAAGGAGAGAAAAGCCGCAGAGCAGUCAUAUUUCUCAGAUCUAAUCAAAGCAGCUCAUGAACAAGAGAACAGGGAACAUGCUAGAGAAAAAACACCUAUUGAAAUUGUCCUUCAAAAACACCUAAGCAGAAGCCUGGCCCAGCAUGAAGUGUUUUACCAGGAGAUUGAGAGUAGGUUAAAACAGCAUAUAGCAACAGUUGAAAUGGAUAAGGAGACCCGCCUACAGAUGUUGCGAGAGCCAGGCACUCUCAGUGCAGGAGAGGUUGCUGUUAGAAUUGUUGAAAUUAAUGAAGAGUGUGACGCAUUACAACAAGCCUUGCAGACUGAACUAACAAACAGCACGCAGCUCAUUGUUGAUGCCUAUGAUAG